AUGAUCUCCCACAAACUCUGCUGCUACGUCUCCAUCCUCCUCGUCCCCUUCCUUGCACAGGUCGCCUCCGGCGACGUGCUGUGGCAAGAAUGCGACAACAGCCGGAACUACACGGCGAACGGCGCCUUCCAAUCAAACCUAAACCAGCUCUCCUCCACCCUCCCCACCGAAUCAUCCUCAUCUCCCACCCUCUUCGCUACCGCCGCCGUAGGCGCCGUCCCGGACAUCGUGUACGCGCUCUCGCUCUGCCGUGGCGACACCACCAACGCCUCCGCCUGCGGCGACUGCGUUGCCAACGCCUUCCGGGACGCGCAGCAGGUGUGCCCGUACAACAUGGACGUGACCAUCUACUACGACCCCUGCUUCCUCCGCUUCUCCAACCAGAACUUCCUGACUUCCAUCGACAAUACCAAACGGCACAUCAUGCCCAAUGGGGAGAACGUGACGUCGCAGGCCGCAACGUUCGACGCCGCCGUGGGUGUUCUCCUUGCUGCCGUCUCGGACUACGCAGCGCUGAACUCAUCCACGCAGUUUGGCACAGGGGUGGAGGACUUCGACGUGAGCACCCCGAGAAUCUAUGCGCUGGCGCAGUGCACGCCGGACAUGGCACCGGCCGAUUGCCGGAGCUGCCUGGAGGGAAUAGUAAAUGUGAUGCCGAAGCACUUCAGCAGGCGGCAGGGAGGAAGGAUCCUGGGUUUACGGUGCAACUACAGGUUUGAGCUAUAUCCACCAUUCUCGGGCAGUCCGCUUCUACACCUCCCAGCACCGGCCUCGGGCGUGACUCCCUCCGUAGAUGGAGAUGGAGGAGGGAGAAGAAAUAAACCAAGUAUCAUCCUACUGGUCCUAGCAGUUGCACUGGCCGUUGUUUCUGCAGCAUUGACUUUCACUUUAGUUUGCUUUUGUAUCUGGAGGAGGAGAAGACAACAAGAAUUACCGUCACAAUCAUAUUCUGGAAACUGGGAAAGUGUUCCAAACAUCAGUUUAUCCAUGCUUGAUCUGUCAACACUGGAAGUUGCAACGGAGAACUUUUCAGAAGGAAAUAAGCUUGGGGAAGGAGGGUUUGGUGCCGUUUACAAGGGAUCCCUUGCUGAUGGCCAAGAGAUAGCAGUGAAGAGACUCUCACAAGGUUCAGCACAAGGAAUAGCAGAGCUAAAAACUGAGCUGGUUUUGGUUGCUAAGCUUCAGCACAAAAACCUUGUGAGGCUUAUCGGCGUUUGUUUGGAAGAACACGAGAAGCUCGUUAUCUAUGAAUACAUGCCCAACAGAAGCCUUGACACUAUUCUCUUUGGUAAAUACUCAGAAUAUUGCAUCACUAUCUUUAAAUAUCCUGAGAGGAGCAAGCAUCUUGAUUGGGGGAAGAGGUUCAAGAUAAUAAAUGGGAUUGCCCGAGGUUUGCAAUACGUUCAUGAAGAUUCUCAGUUGAAAAUAAUCCACAGAGACCUCAAAGCAAGCAAUGUUCUGUUAGACUCAGAUUUGAAUCCGAAGAUUUCAGACUUCGGUUUGGCGAGGCUGUUCGAAGGGGAUCAAUCAAAGGAUGUCACGAAUAGAGUUGUUGGAACGUUCGGAUACAUGGCACCUGAAUAUGUUGUUCGCGGGCACUAUUCGACAAAAUCAGACGUGUUUAGCUUCGGAAUUCUGGUUUUAGAGAUCAUAACAGGAAGAAGAAACUGUGGAUCUUACAACUCCGAGCAAUCCGUUGACCUCUUAAGCCUUAUAUGGGAGCAUUGGACCAAGGGAACGAUAUUGGAGAUAGCUGAUCCGUCCCUUGCAAGCAGAAGCACUGCUCCUGAAGAGGAGAUACUCGCCUACGUUCACAUCGGACUGAUGUGCGUUCAGGAGAGCCCUGCGGAUAGGCCUACGAUGUCAAGGGCGAACGCGAUCCUUAACAGCGACACCGUCUCGCUUCAGGCCCCGUCCAAGCCGGCUUUCUGCAUCCGGGCAAGUACCGCCGGUCCGGAACCACGACACGGCGCCUCGCAAGGCCGUGGCAGGCCGGCGGUGGUUUCAGCCAACGAGGUUUCGCUCACGGAGCUUGUACCGAGAUAAGACAUGUUGCACUGAAAUCUUGCCGAACGAACUCUCGCAUUCUUUCUACAUGCAAUGGCUUUUUCACCUGUUUUGGCUUUUUUAACCGUUGAUUGCUGCUCUAAGAUGUGUGCUAGUUGUUUUUCUCCUGUUAUGUGUGCUGUCAUGUAUUAGCCUAGACGUUUUUUGAUUGACACCUAUUUUGGGU